GAUGAAUUGAACAGGUCCACACUUGAGAUCUCACCUGCUUCGCUGUGUUUUAUCAUCUGAGCUUUUCCUGAAUACAUACUCUGAGAAGGCGGAUUGACAGUAAGCACCAUGCAGUUAUAGGUCGUUUACUGCAUUAACACCACUGACAUCUUUAACGGCUGUGCUUCCAACAGAGUCUGACAUGAGAGGGACUUCAAUUACUGUAACAUUCAGCGUCUUUUCCACAAACACUCCCACUCCUUAAGACUCCAGGAACAAGCCGAAUCGGUGAGACAAAACCACACAGUUUGCAGGGACGAUGCUUUACUCUCGUUUGCGUCCUUUACUCCCUCGCCUCAUGCUGCUGAGGAUGACCAGCACUGAGGCCUGCAGGACGAUGGCGGUCAAACAGCUUAACCUCCUCGAAGAGACUCUGGCCUUUGAGGAUCCCAAAGCUUUCAGGGUGAAGAGUUUUGGCGAGCUGCUGCGAGCUCUGGGCGUCUUUCACCUCUGUUCCUUCCCUGUACUGGUUAACAACUGUGGGAAGCUCAUGAUGAUAUCUCGUACCAUCCUGGGGAGGAGGGGGUUCUCCAUGCUCCUAAGGCCCACUGUGUACGCCCAGUUUGUGGCUGGAGAGAAUGAGAGCGAGAUCUCUCAAUCCAUGGAGAAGAUGAAUCUGCUGGGACUGAGGCCCAUGCUGGCAGUGCCCAUCGAGGAGGAUCUGGGAGAAAGCACAGGAGAGAAGAGAUAUGACGACAACAUGGAGGCCAUGUUGGAAUGUGUGCGAAUGUCUCACAGCAAUGCCUGGAGUAAAGACCCCAUGAUGCAGCUGAAGAUCACAGCCCUGCUCAGCCCGGAGCUGUGUGUGAAACUGACAACCAUCAUCACACAGCAACCAUAUGACUUGGAUCUUGUUGUCAAGGCAAUGGACGGAGAGCCAAUUGACUUCCCUGGUUUAGAUGAACGUGAAGCUGCUCAUUUUCUCUGUGGCCUGCGUCGACUCAACAAAAUAGCUGAGGCAAGUGUAAACAAAGUGCGAGUCCUCGUAGAUGCAGAAUACACCUACAUGAACCCCGCUCUCGCUCUUGUUACCAUGGCGAUGAUGAAGAAGUUUAACAAAGAUGGCGUCUGGAUUUGGAACACAUAUCAGUGUUACCUGAAGGAGUCUCGGUCUCUCCUGGUAGGAGCUCUGCAAAUCUCCAAGGAGGAGGGUUUCUGUCUGGGGGUCAAGCUGGUCCGGGGAGCCUACAUGGACAAAGAGAGGAAGGUGGCAGAGAAAGAGGGUCAACUGGACCCCAUCCACAACUGCUGGGAGGACACCAAUGUCAGCUAUAACGGCUCACUUGACGUGAUGCUGAAGGCCAUAUCCCAGAAGCCUGAGCGCUACAGGAUCAUAGUGGCCACUCACAACGAGGAGUCAGUGAGAAAGGCUGCCAAAAGGAUGGAAGAGUUGGGGAUAGACAAAGAUGGAGGCUCAGUGUGUUUUGGCCAGCUGCUGGGAAUGUGUGAUCAUGUCUCCCUCACUCUGGCUAAGGAGGGCUAUGCUGUCUAUAAGUCGGUGCCAUACGGCUCAGUGGAUGACACGCUGCCCUACCUGGUACGUCGGGCUCAGGAGAAUCGCACAGUGCUGCAGGGAAUCCGCAAAGAGAGAGACCUGCUGAGGAAAGAAUUCUACAGGAGGAUGAGUCUGAGGGGAGGGAAAUAAAAGGCAGUCAAACAAGA